GGAGACGCACGCGCGGGCCGGGAGGGCGCGGCCAGCGGGCGCUCGGGUCGGGCUAUGGGGGAACCCGGCUCCGCGAGCGGGGAGCCCUCGUGUCCGCCUUUGCUGUGCAACCAGAGUGAGGACUCCCUGACUCUGCUAAUUCAGGUGCCUCGGAUCCAGCCCCAGAGUCUUCAAGGGGAUUUGAGCCCCCUCGGUUACAGGUUGCGCUUCUCCACGCAGGAGUCCGUUUAUUCCUUCCUUUUGCAAUUUGCUCCCGGGAAUACCUUGAGCACCAGCGAGCCCGUGAUUAGCAUUUCUUCAGACAAUGCGGUGAUAGAGCUGGCCAAGUCUCCAGAGAGCCGUGGACACUGGAGAGAGUGGUAUUACGGUUUAAACCACGAUUCUUUGGAGUAUUUUGUCUCUUUUUUUUUAGGAAAGGUGGUUUGUCAAUGAGGAAAAUGUUAACGAGUUUCUUGAAGAGG